AUGCUACCGUUGCCGUGGUGGAUUCUCGGAACGGGCCCCGAAGAGGAUUCCGACAACGAAGCCGACACUUUGGACGAUGAUUCUGAGCAUUCCGAAGAAGUGGGAGAGUCGGCUCCAUCAACUCCAUAUUCCAUAUUUCGUACACCGUCAUCGAUGCCGUUCACCGAUACUCGCGAUGAAUUGCCAAAAGUUGUUAAUCUUUCAACUUUCAUGAGUGUUGCUAAAAGACGUUCUUCUUCGAAAUUCGAGAUUCCAACAUCUCCGAAAGUUCGUAAAACCGAAAAGCGGAAUAGUCUUGUUAGAAACGAAACAGAGAUCAUGAACAAAACUAUGGAUGCAGAAGGUUUUGGAGACUUCAAUCAGACUAUCGGAAUGCCAUUUGUCACCGAAAGAAUACUAUUAGGAAGCCCAAUGCCACUGGGUGAUACUUUGAAUGAAACAUUCAAUCUGGAUUACGUUGAUGGUCCAAACGAAGAAAGAAGUUCGGAAGAAUCGCCAGUAAGAGAUCAACAUCUGCGAAUGUUUCUUGAUUCUUUCAAUGAAACCACUGUACUUUUCAACGAUACAAUGACCGGGGAUGUCAAUUUGAAUGAGAAAAAUGAAGCGGUUGGAGAUUGGGUCUUCAAAAAUAGCAAAUUCCUUCAUGAGGAGCCGACUGACGCAGAAGUUGCUCUCGAACCUGUUGAGGAUAAUGCUUUCAAAGAGCCUGGACAGCCAAAGAAGAAACGUGGAAGAAAGCCGAAAGUAUCUCCAGUCGAAACUGAGAUUUCCAUGACUGCUCCACGUACUCCUCGACCAAGAGCGAUAGAAGCGAAGGCUCACAUGGAAUGUACUUCUGUUGCCCCCCCUAAAGGGGGGCAACAGAAGUACAUUCCAUGUCAGGAAAACGAGCACGAGAAGGUGAAGCCACAGCAGGAGGAGAAAGGGACAAAACGAGAACCAAAACAAGAGUUCGAGCUAAAAGAUGACGGAAAGGACAAGACAGACGCUGAGCCAUCAACAUCCACUCCAUCAAGAGCUCCAUCGUUGACAAGAAGACACACACCAUCGAGAAAAAUGGACGAAAAUUUACAUUUUGUUCAGAGGGAUGAGAAUCUUAUCUUAGCUGCAGCUCUUGCGUUCACUUUGGAGUUAUUCGAACCAAAGAAAGAGGAACAUCAAAUUUUUGAGCAGAAACCUCCCUCCAUUUCAUUAGCGGAACCAGCUCAAGAUUAUUCCGACGAAUACCAACCACAAUGCGAUCGGCUACAGACCGACGAUUAUUCGGAACCUAUCAACACUCGUCCCGAAGUCAGUUUUUAUUGUGAUGACUUUGUGGAAGAAAUCACUGCUUCUGAUAUGGCGGCGCUCGAACCUUAUGAGAUGACAGCGCUAAGCAAACCUUCCAAGCCCAAAAACGAUCCGAUAACUCGGAAAACUAUGAAGAGAACGACUACCGACUUCAUUCCAGAGCCGAAAAGAUAUUCGUCUCGACAAGUAUUUUUGAGGCUCGCACGCGAGGAAGCUGAGAAGAAUAGGACAAGUAUUCCAACAGUAAAUAAACGGAAGACCACGUAUAAGAAAAAGAAACCAAAUCCGAAUUCGAAAUCAACAAAUCGGGAAACUCCAAAGGAGCGCAAGAAAAGAGAACAGGAAGCAAGAACUGAACUAGCGAAGCACCGAAAAGAACGACAAAUAAUUGAGAAGGCAACAACAGCCACUGUUCGAGCUUUUGGAUAUGUUGCGAGUUUGAAAUCGAAAACUGGGAAGAAAAAUCUCUCUUCGUGGCAGAACUGGCAUGUGAUCACUGUUCAAUUUCUUCGAGAGCUAAACGACAAUCCGCGGAAUACAUAUCGAAAGUCUCAAUUCCACAUCUAUCUUGUUAAUAGUAUUACUGUAAUGGAGAAAACAAUGGCUUCAGCUAGACCGAGACCCCCAGAAAUACACAAUCUGAUGAUGCAGUUUGUCGUAGAUUUCACAAAAGUUUGGGAUAUUGCGAACCAAUUAGGUGUGAAGCAAGUCAUUGGAGAAAUGGGUAGACUGCUGGAGAAUGUGCUUGGGUUCCAUCUUGCCUCUCCCACACGGAUGAACCCGACAAAUCUUCCAUGGAUUCAGACGAAAACAAUUCUUGAACUUAUGCUGUCGAUUGUGAUUCGAGUGGAAGUAGCAUACGAUGUCCUCAUUCUGUUGAACAGAAUUCACCAUUGCUUCACUCUCUUCUCGACGUUCUCUCUCGCCGUUUGUCACAACUAUGCGAGCAACAAAAAUUCACCGAACAAGGGAUUGAAGAAAGAGUUUGGAUUCGAGUUCUCAAAUGAUUUCGAGUUCGAACCGAGUGAAAAAGCGAAAAAUGAGUUGAAGAAGUCGACGAAACAAGAAAUAAUCACUUCGGCUGCCACGAAAGCUGUUCAUUUGACAGAGAAGUUAUUCAAUGAUACGGAGAGAUUGAUGAGUGACAAGUUUGAUGAUCAAUACGUGAAAUAUCUCUCAUUCUCAGCAAUUUCUUCCAGUGUUGCCACUCAAAUGAUUUCAGACCAGUCUCCAAAAAGUCUGAAGAAUAUGGUGCAGUUUUUGCCAACUGAGAAUACGAAAAUGAAUGAAAUUUGUCCGAUAAAUCAGAUUGAAGAAUGUGUGAUUGGAAAGUACAGAUCAUACACUGGCCACUGCAACAAUGUGAAAAACCCAUUGAAUGGAGCAUCAUACGAAAGACUGAAACGAUUCUUGCCAGCUGAUUAUGCAGACGGAAUUUCCACACCACGUGCCAGUAAAUCCGGUCAACCCCUUCCAUCAUCUCGUGCUCUCUCUUCCCUUUUCACUCCUUCUCCAUCCGGACAUGCCACGUGUUCUCUUCUCAUUGCACCAUUCCUUUCGUUCCUUUACGACGACAUGGUUCAUGUUCCGAGUAAUCGAAUCUUCAAGCGUGGUCCAGCUGGUCCAGGUUGUCCUGGUGGUCCUGGUCUUCCUGGUGCUCCAGCUCUUCCAGCUGGUCCAACUUCUGUCUUGUAUGUUCCUGGCUCUCCUGGUGGUCCUGGACGUCCUGGUUGUCCUGGGGCUCCUGGAAUUCCGGGUGGUCCACGUGGGGCUCCUGGUGGUCCGUCUGGUCCUGGUUGUCCUGGUGGUCCAGCAUCUCCUGGUGGAGCCUCGCAUGGGCAUUGUGGUGGGAACAGAGAGUGCGGGUCUGGUCCUGGUGGAGCUGGUGGUCCUGGUGGUCCGAUCUCUCCUGGAGUUCCAUCAACUCCAUCAACUCCGUCACGUCCACCAUCUCCAGCUGGUCCUGGUGGUCCACGAUGA